GUCUAAUUCGUGUGUUUAUGUUAUUAUCGUGUUCAUAACAAACCGCAAAAAGUGCUCUCGGGUCAAGUCAAGUGUCCGAAAUUCGCCGGAAAUGUUCCCGUCCGCAAAAGAAACCCACUACAGGCUGGAACGCUACCCGGACGUAUGCCGGCACUGUCUCCGGCCGCAAGAGGAGGCGGGAAGCUUUAUGAUAUCACUGGAAACCCGGGACGAGCUGUUCGAGGGUAGCCUCGGCGAGUUCAUUGAAGCGAUCACCUUCCGGACGGAUAAGAAUAAAUCCCAUCUCUACCCGCAAACGAUUUGCGAGCCGUGUUUGGAAAAUUUAAAGUUCUUCGCCAGGUUUCGCUCUAAACUGCUUUCCAUUCACCGACUGAUGAACGCCAUGGUUGAACUGAAACACUCCAACAUGAAGCCGGUGAUGAAUCUGUUCGAAGGCAGCCCAAAUUCGAUGAACGCGAUUUUCCGCGACCUGCAACUUGUCCGCAAGGGUGGUGAUCCCAAGGCGAAAAACCUGAUAGCUGACUUCCGACAGUACCACAUCGCUUCGCUGCCAAACGUUCUUCUUGCGGGAAGUGUCACGACGGAAACGCCGGUGUAUUUCGACGACACUGCGAGUGUCGAGGGAAGUGACGAUCAUCGUAUAGAAAACCAGCAGGAAGUGGAAGAGUGUGACCGCGUUGGAGUGUUGGAGGAAGAGUCUAGCUCGAAAAUCCGAGAUGAUUUCGAAGCUGAAUUUCGAGAUGAAAUAAUCCAGUGCACAAAGUGUGCCUACCACACGGUGGAUCAAUCACUCUUCGAGGCUCACCAGAGGUCACACUUCCGACGCGAAACCGGAACCUACCUGUGCCGUGACUGCAGCGAAACAUUUCCGAACCCCAAAGCGCUGAACAAACAUCGUGCUCAGUCGCACAAGAAGCACGUGUGUGACGUGUGUGGGUUCAGAACUACAGGCAAAAACUGUCUGCUAGUGCACAUGGAACGACACAAGGCAAGUGGCGAGUAUCAGUGCGAGUUUUGCCAGAAGAGCUUCAACGUGGAACAAGAUCGGUUCCUGCACAUAAAAAGAAUGCACGAAAAGCAGGUCGCCUUGUGGAAGUGCGACACGUGUGGGCUGGAGUUCAAGCGCAAAUCAACACUGGAAUUCCACGAGCUUGUACAUCAGAACGUGUUUGCGCAUCUGUGUAUGCAGUGCGGAAGCAAGUUCAAAACUACGAUGGCACUGAAACGACACAUCUUCAAGGUUCACGGCGAGAAAACUCGAGCUUGUCCGCACUGUGACCGCAAGUACCACGAAAAGUACGCGCUGACCGAUCACAUUGAGAGCUCGCACGGGAUUCAAAUGCGCUUCUUCUGUGACGUUUGCGUCGAGUGGUUCGACAGCCAGGAGAAGCUGGCGAUCCACAUGGUGCGGCACAGCAGUCCGAAAGAGCUCGAGUGCGGUACCUGUUUGGUGGUUUUUAGCUCCCAGGAACUGCUGAGCGACCAUCUGUGCAUCUCGUACCGGGACGAUUACGUGUGCUGCGACGAAGACUUUAAGUUUCACAAGUUUUACAACAACCACAUGUUCAUCAAGCACGGCACGCGAACGAACGUCCGCGUACGGAUGAAGCCGGGCCAGCUAUUUGGGGCGAUGCGAAUCAAAAGGAAAAAAGUCAUCAAGUGUCCCAAAUGCCAAGCAAAUUUUGCCUCUUAUGCCAAGAAGUUCGAGCACAUGAAAAAUUGCAAUGGAUAAGAUUAUCGAACCAAAAUGUUACCCAUUA